UCAUCUACUUGAAAAGGUUCCGAGAGCUGCAGGAAUUUGACCGUUGUCGUCCUAAUCCACUCCAAGCCAGCACUCGUUUCCCUCUUUUCCCGCUAUCAGGCAUAAUAAACAAUCGUCCAGUCUUGUUCAAGAGUGAGAGCAUGGGGCCUCUGUCUCUUUCUGUUUCAUCCUCCGUCGCAACUGUAAUGACCACAAAUCGUUCUUCUCUCCCCUGUUCGUUGAAGUUCACUGCAGCUAGAAUUAGGGCACUCGUCUUUGAUGCGGACGUCUUCCAUCGUAGGGUACUCCGCCCUCGGAAAGAUCCCCGUUGUUCCCGCUCCGUCCAGAGACCAGCCUCUGGUUCAAACCCCCAACGCAUUGACAACGAGGAACAGGAUGACGACCAACAAUCCCUAAUUCAAGACCUUAGGGUUCCGGAGGAUUGGUUGCUCCCUUCCAAGGCCCUGCAGGAAUCAGAGUGGCUUAGAGUAACUCUACACAAAUGGUUGGAUGAUGAGUACUGUCCUGAGGCAACUAAUGUGGAAAUUAGCAAAGUUGCUGCUCAGUCUUAUUAUGAGUCUCUAGUAAGAAAACAAUCAGACUUGGGGGAGAUUUUACUGAAGAUGGCAAGAGACUUGCAAUCCAUCUCUUAUCAAGAGAGCUUUCAUGGAGCAUUCUCAUCAGCAAAUGCAGCGGGGAGAGGAAAUCUUGAGCUGAAGGAAUUUUUUAUCAGAGCUACAGGAAAUUUUCCAUCAUGAUAUUCCUUAUCUUUGGAACUGGAAAAAAAUGGGAAAGAAAAACCCGAAGUAAUAAAGAGGUCUAAUUUGGGCAAAACUCCAAUUAUGACAUAUCCCCUAAUCAUUAGUCAAACAGUAGGGCUUUAGGUUCCAAGUGGCUAGUUGGUAAGGUCUCCAACUGGUUGAAGUGGAGACUUGGGAUCAAAUCUCACCUUCACUAGAAUUGGGGGGGUUAUGGCCUUCCCCCCAUUGUGUAGCCCAAUGAAAAAGAAAAGUAAGGCUUUGCUUGUUUGCAGUGCAAAGUUGAACUGGUUAAAAGACUGUAUAGAUUAACAGAGGUAAAAGUCACUAUUAGUGGUUGCUAUGAAAGGAGGGGAGAGCAGCUGAUCUGGAGUCCGAAAUUCAGGAGGCCUUUAUUGAACAGAGAAGUUGAAGAAUGCAUUUCUCUCUUGGAGAAACUGGAGGGUAUAAAACCUAGAAUUCAGCUCAGAGACAAGCUUUGGUGGAAAGAGUGCAAGAAUGGCAAGUUCACAGUAAAGUGAUGUUAUCUGGCUCUCAGCAGAUCUAUCUCAGAUGUGAAUCACAUUAAGGGCAUUUGGGGAAACCCAGUUCCUCCAAGAGUGGAAGCUCUGGCUUGGCUGAUAGCAAUGGACAGCAUGUUGACAGCCGAUCACUUGAAAUCCAGAGGCUUUAACAUGGCUUCCAGAUGCUGCCUUUGUAAGGAAUAGGAGGAGAACAUGAUUCACCUAUUCAUCUCAUGCGACUUCUCAAGAUUCUUGUGGAAUGUGUUUACUUCCAUGUUUAGGGUCUCUGGAUUUCACCCAACCACAACAGCUGAGAUUUUUUCAACAAGGCCUAGGCUGUUUAGGUGCAAGAAGGCAAUGUUACUAUGGAGUUGUAUCCCAUUUGCAAUAUGCUGGAACAUAUGGAAGGAAAGGAACAGGACUUUUGAAGACAAGGCUUGUAGCAUGGAGAAGAUGGUUGCAACUGUGAGCAGAUCUGUGGUAGAAUGGGUGUUGAUUCUUCCUGAAUUCAGUCAUCAAAAAAUGAGGAUUUUGGGAGUGGGUUAGGAGAGAUUUUAUCUACAUCAAAAACAAACAAAAGAAUAAGUUAAUCAGAACUUUUUAAAACUAAUAAGAGCUUCAACAUUUUCUGGAAGAAGGGACUUGUGAUAUUGCUCUAAAAUUCUACCUCCACCACUAAAUGCAACUUCUGAAGCAACUGUAGAAACUGGAAUUGUAAAAACAUCACAAGCCAUCCUUGAUAACUCAAGAAAGCGAGACUCAUUCAAUCUCUAAAAUCCUAAGAUAUCAAUAUAGCUUUUUCAAUCAAUGCUUGUUUUCUCUAAAUACAAGUCUAAUUGGGAUUUUUUUCAUAAAUAGCAUAGACUUGACUUUAAAAAUUAUCAAAUUCCUACAAUAAUAAGAAUGCAAUAUCAUAUAAUCGGCAAAUAAGUUAGAUAUUGAUUAAAUAUCUAAUAUAUGAAAACUUUAUAUUUUUAUUUUCUUAAAAAUAAAUAUUUCAAAUUAUAAUUACCUCAAUUGGAUCAAACUCCUCAUCAAGCAUUGUAUUACUAGUGGCCAUAGUUUCAAUAAUUGAUUUCACAUUAGGCAUGACAUUACUACUCUUCAUAUAAUCGGCAAAUAAGUUCCUCAAUGUUUCUUUAACAAGAAUUGUGUGAUUUAUUGCAUCUUCCACAUUAUACAACUUCUUAUAUACAAGCUUCACAAAUUUCAAUUUGAAACGAGGAUGUAGAACAACAACAAUUGCCAAAAUAAUGUUAUAUUCUUUCCAAUAUUUGUCAAAUUUACUUAACAUAGACUUGGGCAUUUCCUUCAAAAAUUCAUCUCUGCCUUUCAACCUCAAACACAAUUCAACUUUCCAAACCCCGUGAAAAUAUAAAUUUGAAGUUGGAUAUUGAGUUCUUGAGAAAAUGUUGGUCAUGUCAUAGAAAACUUUCAAAAACUUAAAAUUUUUUUUAAUCUUCACCCAUUCUUAUUCGGUUGGAGCAUUAGCAUAAUUGAUAUCAUAUGAUUUCAAAUGAGAAAAAACUUUUCGAUAAAACAUAGCCCUUUCAAGCAUCAAAUGUGGAGUUCCACUUUGUAGAAACAUCCAAAUUUAGUUUCUUUUUACUCUCAAUCAUCAAUUGAUUGGCACAUUCAACUAAUCUCGGUUUCGUGCCUUGGAACCUUUAACAAGCUUUUACAAUUUUUCUAAUUUUAAGCAUCACAUCAUCUAUUUCUUUCAAGCCUUCUUGCACUAUAAGAUUCAAAAUAUGUGUACAAUAAUGCACAUGGAAAACUUUUCCAUCUAAUAAAAGUGCAUUUUUCAAGUUAAAACGCCUUCUAUACAAAUUAACAAAUGUAUCAUUGGCUCAGGCAUUGUCUAAACUAAUUGAAAAUAACUUAUUUUUAAUUUGUCAUCCAUUUAAUACAUUUGACACCUUCUCCAAAAUUGCAACACCAGUGUGAGAUGGUGGUACAUGAGAAAAACUUGGAAUUCGUUUUUGUAACCUCCACUCACUAUCAACAAAAUGAAUAGUGAUGCACAUAUAUGAUUCCGUGGUAAUUGAAGUCGACAUAUCUAAUGUAAGACAAAUUCUACCAGGAAGCGAUUGUAAUAAAUCCCACAAUUUUUUCUUCUCCUUAAUGUAUAUCUUUAAUACAUCAGUUUUUGCAAUGUAAUAUGAAAUACGUUUCACUUCCAGAUUCAAAAUAGAAUGUAUACAUCUAAUAACUUCAUGCUCUGCAAAUGAAAAUGCAUAUCUAUGUCUAAUUAUAGCCAUUGCCAUAUUUUCUCUAUAUGCAUCUUGAUCACAUUUAUUAACUCAACUCCUAGAAUAUUCAUCACAUUCUCUACAAAUUCUUAUAUGACACAACAUAUUUGAUGUAC